UACUGUACAUUUAAAAUCAUCUGUUUUGACCAGUCCGCCAUUUUGGAUGUGAAGUUACGACCCAGGGCUGUUCCGUCCCAACCCUGACCCCUGACCCCUGAUGUGACUUUGAGUCCACACUUCAUAGGAGGCGCAGGGCGCUGAGCACUGGGACCAGGCCUUAAUCCUCUCCUGGAUCAGCAGGGGUUAAUAUCAGAUUAUAGGCGCCAUGCUGGUUUUUCUGAAGAAGCUCCGCCUCUACAGGAAGCGCCACCAGCAGCCAUCUUUAAGCAGAUCGCCCACAGAGGAGCACCGCCGUUAGACGCACACACAGAAACACACAGUGGAUACUCAGUAGUUCGCCUCCCUGCAGCUGCUGCACCAGAACCACCUCAGGCCCGAUUCAACAGAACCUUCUGCUGUUGAGAAUCCAAACAGGUUCUGGAAGUUCAGAAAAUUGACUUUUAUUUUGAAACCACUUACUUCCUGUGGUCAGGAAAUAAACUUCAGCGCUCCUCUUCCUCAUCUGAGGAAGGAUGAAGCUUCUUCUGUCCGCCUGCAGCUGGACCAGAACCAGGACCAGGUUCUGGUUCCAACUGGUUUCAACUUUCUGGGAGGAGGAAGUGAUGCGGUGGUGACUUCCUGCCUGUGCAGCCAAUCAGCUGAUCUUCAUCGGCACACAGACAGGAAGUGACAUUAUGCAAAUCAGCUGGUCUGUCCAGGUCUACUUCCUGGGGCUGAGGUUCUGAUCCGGUCAAAGUUCUGCUGGCCGAGGCCCGGUUCUGCAUUCGGAACCAGCCUGACCCGGGAGUCACUUCAGAACCCCGAGGUCCGACCGAACCGGCACAUGGAGCAGGAGGAACAAUCCAGGUCAGAACCGUGACAACCGAACCGGGUCAGAAAAAUCCUGAUUCCUGAGGUCUUCAUUGUUCAAAGGUUCUGACUGCUGGAUCCAUCCAUCCUCUGGUCCUGCUGCUGUGUUCCUGGUUCUGCCCAGCAGGGGGAGCUCUUCCCCCCAUGGAGGUCAGGGCAGCUGCUGCUGAUCCGCCCUUCCGGAGUCACCGACUGCCCUCCCUCCCUCUCUCUCUCUCUCGCCUCCUCCCUUUGGUCAGUCCAGCAGCGUUUCCUCCUCCAGCAGCAGCUCCUCCAUCUGCUCCCUGUUCUGUGGCCGUGUCCGGACCGUACUGCUGUGGAGCCCUGGUGUCUGACAGGUGAACUCACCUGAGAAAGACGGAAGUUUUCUGCAGGAUCUUCUCUGGAUACUUUGUCAGUUUUUCUGUUGAUCACGAUGAAAAGAGCCGAGAGCAGCUCAGGUUCUGAUUGACCCAAUCUGAACCAAGACGACCCACUACGCAGAAAUGUUCUGGAGGAAGGAGGCCGGGACUCUUCUGAUGGUUCUACUGGUUCUGUUGGACCCGUCCGCCGGGCGUGAGCCUCGGCGGCCUGGGUUGAGGCGGCGCCACGCCAGGGACCAGGAGAGACGGCGCCCGUGGCAGAAUAUCACGCUGGCGGUGAUCCUCCCUCAGAACGCCAGGUACCCCUGGGCUUGGCCUCGGGUUGGACCCGCCGUGGAGCGGGCCGUCAGAACCGUCAACUCUGACCCAACCCUGCUGCCCGACCACCGCCUCAGCUAUGUGUUCAACAGCAGCGAGGACAGGAACGGGAUCUGCUCCGAGUCGGUGGCUUCGCUGGCGGCGGUCGACCUGAAGCUGGCCCGAGACCCGUGGGCGUUCAUCGGCCCCGGCUGCUCCUACGCCGCCGCGCCGGUCGGCCUGUUCACCGCCCACUGGGACGUGCCCAUGAUCACGGCGGGAGCCACGGCCGUGGCGUUCUACAACGGCGUCUACCCCUCCAUCACCAACACGGGCCCCACCCACAAGAAGCUGGGCCGGUUCGGCCUACGGGUCUGCCUGGAGUCUGAGUGGACGGAACACGUGGCGCUGGUGUUCAGCGACCACAAGUACGACGACCGGCCGUGCUACUUCGCCAUCGAGGGUCUGUACGAGGAGCUGAAGGCGUUCAACAUCAGCACCCAUCACAGCGUGUUCGAGGAGAAGGAGAUCGACUUCGCGCAGAUCCUCGCCGACAUCCAGAACAGCGGCCGCGUGAUGUUCGUCUGCUGCUCUGCUGACGUCUUCAGGAAGCUGCUGGUCCACUUCUGGCGGGCCGACCUUCCUCACCACGAGUACGUCUUCCUCUUCAUCGACCUGUUCGCCGACAGCCUGAGCUCCGGAGGCCGGUCGCCGUGGGAACGAGGCGACGAAGACGAUGCCGCAGCCAAGGAGGCCUUCCAGGUUGUGAAGUUUCUGACCUAUCAGGAGCCUCAGAGCUCCGCCUACCAACAGUUUGUCUCCAACCUCAAGAUGGACGCCAGGAACUGGUUUAACUACAGCAUGGACGACUCUCUGAUGAACAUCAUCGCCGCAGGGUUUUAUGACGGCCUCAUGAUUUACGCCCGCGCUCUGAAUGAAACUAUGGCGGCUUCAGGAGCCAGACCGCCAGGGAGAAACAUCACCGCCAAGAUGUGGAACCGAACCUUUACUGGUGUGGCAGGUCCGGUCCAGUUGGACGUGAACGGGGACCGGGAGAUGGACUACGCUCUGUGGGACUGGGACUCCAACCGCAGCGCCUACCGGGUGGUUCUGACCUACCGCAGCUCAGAGCAGAACUUGACCAAGGUACCUGGGUCGGUCCGGUUCUGGUUGGGUGGAACCAGGCCUCUGGACGUUCCCUUCUGCGGCCUGAAGAACGACAACCCAAAGUGCCUCACAAGAACCAUCACCGUCCACCAGAUGGCGUCCAUCCUGGUCUGCUUCCUCAUCACCAUGACGACCACCGUCGCCAUCUUCAUCUACAGGAGGCUGAGGCUGGAGCGGGAGCUGGUGGCUCAGCUAUGGCGAAUCUCGUGGGAAGAUCUGCACAUGAGCAGCAUGGAGAAGGUUCUGCGGAGCGGCAGCCGGGUCACCCUGUCGCUGAGAGGCUCCAACUACGGAUCCUUGAUGACCGGAGACGGAAACCUGCAGGUGUUCGCCAAGACUGGCUACUGCAAGGGGAACAUCGUGGCCAUCAAAUACUCCAACAGGAAGCGGAUUGAGCUGAACAGGAAGGUUCUGUUUGAACUCAAACACAUGAGAGACGUCCAGAAUGAACACCUGACCCGGUUCAUCGGGGCGUGCAUCGACCCGCCGAACAUCUGCAUCGUCACCGAGUACUGUCCCCGAGGCAGCCUGCAGGACAUCCUGGAGAACGACAGCAUCACCCUGGACUGGAUGUUCAAGUAUUCGCUCAUCAACGACAUUGUGAAGGGAAUGGUUUUCCUUCACAACAGUGUCAUCGUCUCUCACGGUAAACUCAAAUCGUCUAACUGCGUGGUGGACAAGCGCUUUGUCCUCAAGAUCACCGAUUAUGGCCUGACCAGCUUCCGAUCCGACCCGGACUGCGGCAGCGACGCUCACGCCUACUACGCCCAGAAGCUGUGGGUGGCUCCAGAGCUGCUCCGGAUGGAAUCUCCGCCUCCUCAGGGGACGCAGAAAGGAGACGUGUACAGCUUUGGGAUCAUCCUGCAGGAGGUGGCGCUGCGCCGAGGAGCCUUCUACCUUGAGGGGGCGCUGCUAAGUCCCAAAGAGAUCGUGGACCGGGUGAUUUUGGGCGAGUGGCCCUGCCUGCGGCCCACCGUGGACACGGAGGACCACCGAGAGAGUCCAAGUCCCAACGAGUCCAAACCCGAGGUGGGCCAGCUGAUGCAGCGCUGCUGGGCCGAGGAGUCGACUGAGAGACCAGACUUCAACCACAUCCGCCUGCUGCUGCGCAAGCACGGCACAGAGUCUAGGAACAACAUCCUGGACAACCUGCUGUCCCGCAUGGAGCAAUACGCCAACAACCUGGAGGAGCUGGUGGAGGAGCGCACCCAGGCCUACCAUGAGGAGAAACGCAAGGCCGAGGCCCUGCUCUACCAGAUACUGCCACACUCGGUGGCAGAGCAACUGAAGCGCGGAGAGACGGUUCAAGCUGAAGCCUUCGACUCGGUCACAAUCUACUUCAGUGACAUCGUUGGUUUCACCGCCCUGUCUGCAGAAAGCUCCCCCAUGGAGGUCGUGACUCUCCUCAAUGACCUGUACACCUGCUUUGAUGCCAUCAUUGACAACUUUGAUGUUUAUAAGGUGGAGACCAUCGGUGAUGCCUACAUGGUGGUCUCCGGGCUGCCGGUGAGAAACGGGAAGCGGCAUGGCAGGGAGAUCGCCCGCAUGGCGCUCGCCCUGCUGGCUGCUGUCCGAACCUUCAGGAUCCGCCACCGGCCGGAGCGGCAGCUGGAGCUGAGGAUCGGGAUUCACAGCGGUCCGGUGUGUGCCGGAGUGGUGGGUCUGAAGAUGCCACGGUACUGCCUGUUCGGGGACACAGUCAACACAUCUUCACGGAUGGAGUCCACUGGGGAAGCGCUGAAGAUUCACGUGUCUGCGGCGACCCGCGACGUCCUGAUGGAGUUCAACUGCUUCCAGCUGGAGCGCCGAGGGUCCGUCGACGUCAAGGGGAAGGGAACCAUGACCACCUAUUGGCUGUUGGGGGAGAGCGGCAGCCAAUGA